AUGUAUCCUAAGUUGCCGAUCUGGAACAAUCCGAAAGAAGUGAGAUACACGAGACGAUACUACAUGGACAUGUAUAAACGCCUGACUGGAGAAACCGAUGACGACUACUACAGAAGACUCAUGUACCAAGGACCGAACGAGAGUAAUGAAGACUACGUGAGGAGAAUGCAGGUGAUCCAAGCCGUGCUGCCCAAGCUGGAUCUGUGGACGAGCAGAAAGUAUCUCAUGUACACCGCGAAAUACUUUACAUUUCUGUACCAGAAGAAGGAAGGAGAGGAUAAGCAGACGUUCGACAGCAGGAUAUUCGCCCGUCAACCCGGUGAGUCCAAAACAGACUAUGUUAGCAGGAUCGAUAUCAUGAGGAUACUAUUCAAUACAGAACUCGAACACGUCUUCGACAAUCCGGAUUUCCUGAACUACACGAAGGACUACUACACCCAAAAGUACGGCCAGAAGACCGGUGAAAGUAUAGACGACUAUGUCACCCGCACUUUUACUGAGGACCCCGAGGAGAGUGACUACGAGUACCUGAAUCGAGUCAAGGUUGUCAACGCGCUCUUCCCUGACCUCGAAGUGUGGACCGACAAAAGCAAAAUAGACUCCACCAAACACUUCUACGAACUGUUGUACCAGAAACAGCCGGAGCAAUCGGACGACGACUAUUAUAAGAACAUAUUUGCCCAGAAGCCAGGAGAGUCCGACGAGACCUACAAGGACCGGAUUGAAAUAUUCCAGCUGACAUACCCGGAACUGCCUGUAUGGGACAACCCCGAGUAUUUAGUCUACACCAAGAAAUUUUACCAGCUCGAAUACACUAAACCGAAGGGUCAAAGUGACGACCAAUUUUACAAACCCAUAUUCCAGAAGAAGGUCGGAGAGACCAAUGCUCACUACCUGAACAGGUUAACGAACUUCUUCCUCGUCGACCCGGAGAACCCCGCGUGGAACGAUGUCGAGUACCUCAAGUACACUAAGCCGUACUUCAGUCUUCUGUUCGCCCAGAAACCUGACGAGAGCGUGGCCGCUUGGGCCAAUCGCCUGCUCAAGCAGUACCCGGAGGAGAGCGACACCGAGUACAAGAACAGGAUGAACAUUGUUCAAGCCGUAGUGAGCAAAGAUGUCUGGGACAAGAUAACAUCUCUGAAGGCCGCUGAGAAAGACAAACUUGUCAGCAACGCUGGAGUUACUUAUAUCGAUGACGAGAUAAAGUCUACAGAGGACAAGGACGUCAACGCGGCAAAGGUGCUGGCGAAGAGGGCGUAUGAGGGGUACUACGAGUACAUGGCGCGUAUCCUGGAGCCGGACUCUGACGAGACAGAGGACAGUCACAAGGAGAGACUAGAGUGGAUCAAAAACAACAUGCCGACCGUCGCUCAGACAGACCUCUACAGGUACUACACAGACGGUACUUACAAGACUAAGGCCGACUACCCGCUGCUAUCCGCGCUCAGACACAAGGCUGUCCAUCAGCUAGAGAAGGAGGGCAAGACACUGAAGGACGUACCGAUCCUCAGCAAACGAUCCCAGGUCGUGUUAGCAUCGCAGCAACCUUGGGAGACGCGGCGGCAGUAUUACGAGAAACUGUACAAACAGAAUGACGAGGAGAGCCUGGAGGACUACUACGCCAGGAUCCUGAGCCAGAAACCACAUGAGAGUACAAACCACUUCAUCAAGCGGCUUGCCACGCUUAAGAAGGUGUUCCCAACCCUAGCUGUUUGGAAGAAUAACGAGUAUCUGAAGUACGUGGGCGGUGUCCGGGCUGACCAGGUCGACAACUACAAGAAGGCUUCGGCAGAGAAAAAUGACGAUGAAUCACUGGAAUCAGACUCAAUCGGCGAUGACAACUGAUAUAAUUUCCACACAGCAGAAAUCAAAUAAAUCCUUACUUAAUUAAAAUUAUUUGUUAUAGGUGAUGGAUUACUAAUUACACGUAAUUUUAUAAGA